AUGCUCCGACAGCAGAAUAACGGAGGAGGUGGCUCAAGCACCCUCACUCAAUCUAAAAAGACAUCAACCUUUACUCCAACCGAUCAGAGAGAAUUGUACAGAGAUGCGGUCAAACAACAAUCAUCAAAUCCUUUCAAAUUGGAGCGAGUGGUUAAUUAUGACAAUAUGUUUACUGGCCCUAAUGAUGGUUUACAUCCAUCGUACGGAUUUCGCUUCGGGGCUUCCCACAACUACAAUCCUAAUUAUUUCCCUCCCAAAUCAUUUGUAAAGAGUGGGCGAAAUGAGCCUCACAUAGAGAGUACGAUAUCAGGACCCGACCGAUAUAAAUUCUUUCAUCGACCAGUGAUUGGACCCAUGCGAGAGGAGGAGUUUUUGAGCUUGCCUACGAACGAAAAACAUACCGUCUACAUUACAGAGAGACCCCUAAAUAACGAGAAUUCCAUGUUGAAUGAGGGAAGUUUUGAAGAGGAAAAUGAAAGCGACCUUACGCGAGGAGCACCACCGACUCGAGAGGUGGGCACACAAUCCAUAUACAGAGAAAGUGAGGCUCAAACAAUGCCUUACUUCCCUGAAGUAAGGUCAGUCUCCAAAAAGAGAAUGGCUGAUAAUGGAAGCCUUCUCGAGAAAGAUCAUGCUGUGGUUCAGGAAAAAGAUCUUCCAGAUUACAUGAAAAUGGAUGCUCUAUUUUUUGAGGACGGAAGACAAGGAGGACAAAUCACCGAAGAUCACAUUAAAAUCGUGGAUAGAACACGAAGAAGAAAACAAGUCGAAGAUCAGAUAAAGAAUAUUGGCCCCAAUGUGGGCGAAGAAGAGUUUAAGAGACGAGUGCAAAUGUUAAAAGAGUUGGAAAUGAUCGAAUGGAAGGAGAGAGAGGAAGAAAUUGCUCAAAUGCAAGAUCGACAAAUUGAACAUGUGAGAGCCAAACUCGAGGUUCGCGAACAAAUACGAGAAAUGAAAAGUGUAUCCAAACUCGAGAAACGAAUACAGAAAAUCAAACAAGAUGCCGAAGAGAAAUUGCAACAACUUGAAAAGAAGAAGCGAAAGCACAUUCGACGAACCAUCAAAAAGUAUGACAAUCCAGAAAACAAAUUGGCAAGGAGAGACAUUUUGUUCGAAUAUGCAUUUCCUGCUUCCAAGACCUAUGCUCCAUUAUUGCGAGAUGGACAAGUCUCUGCCCUUAAUACCAUUGCGUAUGAGAUUAGACCUGCUCUUCUCACUGAUCCUUUGGGAGUAGAGGAGGUUCAAAUGAAUCAAGUGAACAAAUUCCUCAUUAAAGAGAGCAAGCACAAGGCUCUUCCAAUCAAGGACAAGACAGGUUCGGUCAUUGUGGAUCCAUCCAAGACCAUAUCAAAUGUGGAUCGAGCGGAAAAGGUUGUCAAGGAACAUUUGAGACUCGCCAUUCAUGAUCUAGAAAAGUCUAAGACCGUUGACAAUAUUCAGGAUAGAGUUAAACAAGUUAAAGAAAUGUACAAAUCAACGCCGCGCAUUGUGAGACCUCCAACACCAACUUUGGAGAUUUUCGAGGAAGCAGAGACAGACGUCAUGGCUGAUGAUAUCGAAAAUGCAGUCGUAUUUAUUCAGAAAUUACUUCGAGGCAGGGCUGCCCAAGAAGAGUUUUAUGAAGGAAAAGAGAGAAGCAUUGAGCUCAUCAAGGAGCUUCAAGCUGUCGAGGAAAUUAAACAAAAGGAACGAGAAAAGGCAAAAUCGCAUGUCUUCAAGGAGCAAAAGAGGCGACAAAAUAUGGACCAAACUCGAGAAAUUGUCAUGGAAAAUUUACAAGGCAAACUUAUCAGCAAUGCACUUGAUUUCUUGUCGAAGGAACUCAUAAGACAGGAGGAGUUGAAACGAGUGAAACAAUUGGUCGAAUUUGCAGAAAAGGAACGAAGCCAAAGGGAGCAAGAGGAGUCAAAACGAAGACAAUCGGAGGAAGAAGAGCGUCACAAAAGAGAGCAAAUUCAAGCUGAAACCAUCCAAAUUCACAACGAUACUGUCUCAACGUUCUUGUUGGACAUCUUCAACUCAUGCUCUGUGAAACUUGCAGAAAAACAAGCCCACCACGACGUCAUUCAAGAGCGUUUGACAGAACAAGCCCAACGCGACCGAAGUGUUGUAACACCUGAAGAGUGUCACAUUAAGGAUUUAGUGCGGUCCUUCCUGUUGCCCCAAGUGAAAAGAGAAAUUUUGAAGAAGAAGAUCGACUCCAAUCAAAGCAAAUAUCUGCACGCUUCCCACUCUUCUCUGUUCAAUGCUCUGAGUGGCACUUCACUCGAAGAGAUCCAAGAAUAA